GUGAGAAAAUCGCAUCGGUCAACACUGAAUGAGCGAAUGCGAUAGGCAUUGGUAUUGCGUCAAACACAUAUUCACAUUCUUCUUCCUUCAGACUUUGAGCAGUAAGGUCAAUUCAAAAGCAUCAAAAUGGUUGCCCAAAAGAAACAGAAAAAGGCUUUGGAAUCCACCAAUUCCCGUUUGGCUUUGGUCAUGAAAUCCGGCAAAUUCUGCUUGGGAUACAAACAAACCUUGAAGACAUUGCGUCAAGGCAAGGCUAAAUUGAUCAUAAUCGCCAACAACACUCCACCACUCAGAAAAUCUGAAAUCGAAUACUACGCUAUGUUGGCCAAGACCGGAGUCCACCACUACAGCGGCAACAACAUUGAAUUGGGAACUGCUUGCGGUAAAUACUUCCGUGUCUGCACAAUGUCCAUCACCGAUCCAGGAGAUUCAGACAUUAUUCGUACAUUGCCAGAAACCCAAGGACAACAAUAGAUUCUCAAUGAGAAUUGGUUUUUCGGAGGGAAAUUCAAUGGAAUCGAAAUGUAUGAUGAGCGCAAUUGAUUCGAUCAAUAAAAUUGCAAUUGUAAUAAAAUUGCAUUGAUUUCUUAACAAAACAAAAA